AUGUUCACCAAGCGCAUCGUCACCACCUUGGCGGUGUCCCUCACCACCAUCGGCUUCACGCUGGCCUCCCCCGUUAUCGCCAGCCGUGAUGUUGCUGCCGCUGCCACUGACAGCUCUCAACAGUCCAUGGAGAUCUGGCCCGACUGCGGAACCUCCGACGUUGUCAUAUUGGAGCCAAACCAUUUUGACAACUGGGGCGUGCGCAACUACACCAUCCAGGCCGCCCAUUGGAACGACGGCAUGGUUCUCGACCACGCCGAGCUGUACUCCCACGACCGCAACGCGACGACCUGCCCCGCGAUCUUCGAGCAUUUCUUCCAAUCUGGCGAUGAGAGAUUCGCGGUGAAUCUUGCUGGAGGCAAUGGCUCCCGGAAAAGCGGCUACUACUACUCGAACGCAAAAGUCGGCCUCAUCGCCGAGCUCAUCAACCUGAACCCGAAUCCGCAAUCCGCCUUCGUGACCGUCGAGUACGAGUUCCUGCCCAAGAACUUCGCCGACUGGGAGCAGAUGACGUCGCUCAUGCUCGACGCGUCCGGGCUGUGCAACGACUUCCGGAUCCCGCCGCCCCGAGGCGUGGACGCGUUCCCGCUCGAGAUGAGCCCGGGCUUCGUGAUGCCGUUCCCCGCGGUGGUUGGCGGUGUUGGCGGCCACGUCGACGACGGCGCGGUGGACCUGCAGGUGCUGAAGAAUGGGGAGGUGGCCUGCAGUAUCGUGCCCGGCUACGGGCAGACGCCGGGGUCUAUCGGGGGGAGUGGCAAGAUACACAUCUCGAAUAUGAGCGCGUGUAUCGGCUUGAGGCUGACGGCCCCGGGCGACGAGUGGGCGGUGAUGGCGCAUUACGACUUCAAGCAGCACGAGCCCAUUAGAAGGGGCCCGAUUCCGGCGCCGGUGAAGGGGAUCCUUGUCGCGUAUCUGGUUCGUCUACCGCCUACAUCAUGA